CAUCAAUGUCUGAAAAUUUUGAUAAAGAGUACUUACAAACAUAUAUGUUAUGAAGAUAUUUUUAAGUGUAAUUCCCGAAUCUUGUUAAUUACACAGAAAGGAAAAGAGAGUGACCAAGCUUUUUUCCAUGUGAUCUAUGGGAAACAAGUAUUCCAAAAAAUUCCUCGAGGUUUAAUAGAUCUAUUUUUAUACAUGUGUUGUCUAAUAAGUUUAUUCGUGAUUUUUUUUUUUUUAAUACUAAUAUCAACUCCAUUUAUAUGAACAAUGCUCGUCAUAUAUUAACGCGCGCGCGUGUGUGACGUCACGAGACAAACACGGAAGUAAAUAUCUCUAUGUUGAAGUAGACAAGCCCGCCAAGAAAUGGACAUAUGUAUCUGUUAUUAAGAUGUUAACCGUCGAAACGGUUCUGAGCUUCUUGUGGAGAUGGAAAAGAUUCGUUCGCGCUUCAGACAGGACAGAUCUUCCCCAUCUGACACUGUGCGACUGAGGAAGAGGAGUUCUGUUCUGUACAAAACAGAUGACAGCAACGCUCACACACACGAAUUCCUUGGAGUCACAGUUUUCACUGUUGUAUUCCGCCUGGUCAACUGCCUCCUAGUCCAGAGUAGCUUCGUCCCGGAUGAAUACUGGCAGUCGCUUGAGGUUUCUCAUCGAAUGGUCUUCAAUUAUGGCUAUGAGACCUGGGAAUGGAAGGAAGGCAUCCGGGGAUACUCAUAUCCUCUCCUGUUUGCUGUGAUGUAUAAAGUCUUGCAUCUGAUGAAUUAUGACACCGUUCAACUAUUGAUAUUAGUGCCUCGCAUUUUCCAAGCUCUGCUGGCCGCGUAUGCUGACGUGAAGCUGUACCGUCUCGUCCUGCAGUGGGAAACUCCAGAUGUGGCAGAAUGGACAUAUUUCUGUCAGUUGUGCUCCUGGUUCACCUGGUACUGCUGUAGCCGGACUCUUACCAACACCAUGGAAACGGUUCUGAGCACCCUGGCGCUUUGCUUUUACCCUUUACCGGGCUACAAAAUGCACAACAGCUGGAAGUAUUUGUCUCUGGUGUCUUUGGCCAUUGUUUUCCGUCCCACAGCUCUGAUCGUUUGGCUUCCUCUGCUCUUUCAUCAUUUCUGCAUGGAAGAGAACAAACUGGCAUUCUUCAUACAGCAAGGAAUUCCCAUUGUGGCUCUUGCACUGGGGGUCUCGACAUUGAUCGACUCUGUAUUCUAUGGAAAGUGGAUUCUGGUCCAGUGGAACUUCCUGAGGUUUAAUGUGCUGCACAGUGUGGCAGAGUUUUAUGGAACUCACCCGUGGCACUGGUACUUCACUCAGGGUGUGGUGGUUGUGAUUGGACCCCACCUCCCUAUCUUCCUGUACGGAUGCAAAGUUGCCACCAAAAAACACAGAAUCUUGCUUAUAACCAUUUUAUGGACGAUAACGAUUUACAGUUUGCUCGCACACAAGGAGUUCCGGUUUAUUUAUCCGGUGUUGCCAUUCUGUAUGAUAUUUUGUGGUUUGUCUUUAGCAAAGCUCCAAACGUGGAGGAAACCUGCAGCUUGUGCCCUGCUGCUGUUAAAUAUAAUUCCUGCAUUAUACACGGGUUUAAUUCACCAGCGUGGAGCUCUGGACGUCAUGAAUCACCUGCAACAACUGUGUAACAUCAGCGAGUCUCAGAAUGCACCUGAGCCUGACGUUCUGUUCCUCAUGCCCUGUCACUCCACACCGAUGUACAGUCACCUGCACUGUCCCCUCAAACUGCGUUUUCUGGAGUGCCAACCAGAUCUAACAGGAAAUGAGCAGUAUGUGGAUGAAGCCGACAAGUUCUUCUCAGAUCCUCUUCACUGGCUCAGAACUUCCUUCCACACUCAGUCCACACUACCAUCACAUGUGCUGCUGUUCGACUCCCUAGAGAAGGAUAUUGCUGGAUUCCUGGUGGAAAACAGAUUUGUCAAACAAUCCGAAAUAUUCCACACUCACUUCCCAGAAGGUCGUUUGGGAGAGAACAUAUUAAUAUAUGCGAGAGGAUCUGGACCAAGCACUAAUUAGUUGUUUUCCUUUUUUCAUUAUUGUAUUGUUUUGAUGAUGUACAACUGAUCACUAUCUCACAUAAAAACUUUUAUUUGUUUAAAUUCACUGUUUCCUUUAUUUCAGUUCAAAUUCUUCUCCAAUGUAGGAUCCAAUAUUUCAGCUCAAUUUUAUCAAAGGAGGACAAUAUUUUAUGAAGCAAUGAAAGACUUUUAUUCUAGAUUUAUGUGCAAGAGUUUAAGUGCAUUUGUUUAAAAUUACAAGAUAAAGUGUGUGUCUUAUAAGUCAUUUCCAUACAAGCUCUUACAGAUGUUAUUUUGCCAAGGAGCACACA